GCAAAAUGACAAGGCUCUUUGGACAAACGGCGGUAAUAGUGGUUGCCAUUAUAGUGACAAAGUCACAACCCCCAGCACGGGCAAAAGUUGUUGAAGAAACACCACAGCAGUGGAUAGAGUUCAAGAAAGCAAUAAAGGGACUGUGUGCAAGGGAUAGUAGCAAAAUAUCUGGGAAGGUCUCUGCAGGAAGUCCCAUGGAAUGUGGUUUGUUGUGUUUGCAAGAGCUGGGAUGCGAGAGUUUUGAAUUUGUUGAUGGAACGUGUCAUUUCAUAGAAGUCGGGCUGAAUCGAGGGGGGUUGGUACCCAAGGAGGGAUGCAGGCAUUACUCUAUGCAGACAUUGACGAUGAAGUGUCCAGACCCCUAUGUUCAGCGUGGCCGCCAUUGUUAUUACUUCAGCAACAUUGCCUCAUCCAGCUACUUCCGAUCCUGGUCUGCAGCAGGACUAGAGUGCCAAGACCGAGGUGGGACAAGGCUUGCUAUAGAAACAGAAGAGGAACAGGAGAUUCUGAUUGAGAUUUGGAAGGGUCUAACAGCACUGCACAUUCAUGAUGUAAAUGGAUUCUGGACCGAUGGGAAGAAGGAGGCAAAUAGUGAUGAAUGGAUCUGGAAAUCCACCAACACCUCUUUUACAUACCAAAACUGGAUCCCAAGUGGUAAGGAUAUAGAGGAGCAAUGUUGCAUGCUGCAUAUUCUUGGCAAUACCAACGUUGUGGUCAAUAUGGAACUGAAAUGGCACGACUAUCAAUGUGGGAUACGCUACUAUAUGGGAUAUGUCUGCGAGAAGAAAAUUUAGUACCAGUACCAGGAAGGCAGACCGGGCAUUUCGUUAACGCUUUCAGCGUCAUCUGAUGUAGAUCUAUGUCAACAAAUUACCUCUUCAAGCAGACUCGACUAAGUACCUUGAGGAAUGAUAUAUAGUGGAACCUCCCUUAACAGACACCUCUGUUAACAGGACACCCUCUUUCAUAGGGACAGUGAUUUUGGUCCCAAAUGGGUUUUCGUACACUUCAACUUCCAUGAAGAACAGCAUUUGUCAGUCUCGAUGUCCUUAAUAGCAAGGUGCU